GUUAUGCGGCUAUUAUCUCAGGCUGUUUACUGAAGGCAUGACACACGAAGCACUGGGGAUCUAACGUGAAGGCGGGUGGACACGGCCUCUGGAGUUCAUCUAGGUUCAAGUCACCACAUCUCACACCGGUCGGUUCCGGUCAGGUCUUCACUGGUCGAGGACCCCUGACGAAGUCAUCACCAUGAAGAGCAGCUUCAUUGUCCUGCUUCUCCUCACUGUAACUGUGAUGCAUUGCUUUGGACACAUGUGGGAAAAUAUGGAAACGCUGAGGCGCUCCAAAAGAAGAUGGGUUCUGUCAACAAUCGAGCUGCAGGAAGAGGACAAAGGCCCGUUCCCAAAAGAGGCGACUAAACUUUUUAAUGAUCAAGAAGUUAAUUACAAACUGAAAUACUUCAUUAGUGGAGAAGGGGUGACAGAGCCUCCAAUGGGCGUGUUUUCCAUCGAUGAUCAAACUGGUGUGGUCUUUGUGAAUAAACCCAUCGAUCGGGAGAAAAACCCAAUGUUUCACGUUCGGUUUGACGUUCUCGACAGGGUAACUAACGCAAUCGUGGACAGAACACUAGCGUUUGACGUGGCAAUAAAAGACAUUAACGAUAAUGCGCCUGCCUUCGACAGGUCCGUAAUUAAUGCUGAUGUAAAAGAGACCGCGAAAGGGGGGCUUCUUCCAAUCAAUAUACGAGCAAUGGAUGCCGAUGAGGAGGACACAGACAACUCUAAGAUCUCCAUGCGGGUGGUUCUCCAGGAACCAUCCUCCCCAAAUAUUGGCCUCAAACACCUGAAUGGCACAGAUCUGUGGCAACUGACACUUUCAGGCUGCUUCGACUACGAUAAAGAAAAGAAAUACAAAGUCCUUAUUGAAGCCAGAGAUAACGGACGUCCCUCACUCUCCUCAACUGCAACUGUCAACAUCAAUAUUUUGGAUGGCAAUACUCAUCUGCCCGUGUUUACAAAGGCUCAGUAUGAGGCUGAAACGAUGGAGCUGGUCACCAAUCAGGAAAUUCUCAGAAUAAAGGUGGAGGACAAGGAUACGCCCAACACAACUGCAUCACGGGCCAAAUUCACAAUCGUGAAAGGCAACGAGGAAGGCAACUACAAGAUUGAAACGGACCCAAAGACUAAUGAAGGUGUAUUAACUGUCAUCCAGGCGAACGACUAUGAGAAGACGACGCUGGCAAACCUGCAGAUAGCCGUAGAGAACGAGGAGCCGCUCUUCGUGUGCGACUCCGACUCGCAGAAGACCCAACCAAAGCCGCAGACCGUCAAUGUGGCUGUUGCCAUUAAAGACGCCAAUGACCCACCGCAGUUCAAGAAGGUCAGAAACGAAGUGUUUCAGACAGAGGAAUCGCCGCCUGGAGCCCUACUGUACACGCCAGAGGUGACCGACGAGGAUUCAGAUGUUUCAAAACUAAGGUAUGAAAAAGUAACGGAUCCAGAAAACUAUGUAUCAAUUGACUCAAAGACAGGUGUUGUAACGACUGUAAAAAAGAUGGAUCGGGAGUCUCCGCAUGUGGCCAAUAAUACUUACGCCAUUGUGAUGCGUGCGAUUGAUGACGGUCAGCCUCCCAGCACCGGCACGGCCACCGUGCUGAUCCACCUCACCGACAUCAAUGACAACGUGCCAUACUUGGUUAACAAGACUCUGGUGCUGUGUGGGAACAAGGACAGCAAGGUGGAAAUUUUAGCAGACGACAAGGACAACCACCCGUUCAGUGGCCCUUUCGUGUUCUCCCUGCGCGGGAAUGAUCCCAAUGUGAAGAGUCGCUGGAAAUUAGACCCUGACAUAGGUAAUAGUGCCACUCUGGUGAGCCUGAAGAGCCUGGCGUAUGGAAACUACUCGGUCCCCCUCAGGGUCCUCGACCAGCAGGGCAAAGGGGCCGACGAAGACCUCAGUCUGGUGGUUUGCAACUGCGGGAAGGAGAAAACGUGUCGGAAGCGCAUGUCGCCAUCCUCCUCGCUGGGUGGAAAGGGGGCGCUCACGCUCAUCUGUGGCAUCCUGCUGCUGCUAUUGCCGGUGUGUCUGCUGUUCUUUUGCAUGCCGAGGGAAUCACACAAGCCUGUGACCAUGCAUGAGGAGGGGAAUCAGACGCUGAUCAAAUACAAUGAGGAAUGCGGAGGCACGCGGUGUAAGAAUGAGCCACAAAUGAUGACUCCCUCCAGCCCUGGAGCAGUCACAGAUGGACUGAAGUACCAGAGUAUGCCGCUCCGGCAGUUGUCUCAGACAUCUGGUUUCAGAAACCCUGAGAGUAGCAUGACCCUGCAAAGCCAGCCAAGAGGAAUGGGUUUUUACAGCGACGACGUUCCCAUGAGGGGGCAGUAUACUAACGGUGUAAACACCAUCAGAAAUGGAACUUUGAGAUGCUCAAGAUCCCAAAGCAUGUUUGGAGACUUUUACAUGUAUAAGUUCAUCCAGAAGAGGUUGCUUGACGUGGAGCAGAACUCGCAGGACUCUUCGGAAUACCAUCCCCACGGAUACGCCUACGAGGGGGAAGGCAACAGCGUCCAUUCGCUGGACAAACUGUCGUUUGAUAACCACAGCGACAGUCUGAACUUCCUUCAGGACCUGGGGCCCAAGUUUAACAACCUGGGAGGAAUAUGUCACCGUGACAUGGAGAAGAAAAACUAGGACAGCUUCACCAUUUACCAGGCAAACUGGAAGCUUUAGGCCAUUUCCUUCCACCUGUUCAUACAUUUUCUGUAUAAAAUACGUUUUGAUGGAUAUUUCAUACUGCAGGCUAAUAAAUGACAUUGGUAUAUCUUUAUGUUGCAACCCAUGGAGAACAACAGCACCUUAGGGUCUUUGAAUGGAAAGCACAAACAUUUCCACAAUUAUGGAGAAAUUCUAUAAGAAGGUGGAAGAUGUUGUUGACCUAGGGAGAGGCAUAACCAUCCAUUUUGGCUGUACCUUAACACCACUAAUGUAACACUAAUUUCCCUCAGACCCUAAUGCUUGACCCUGCACCUUGGCCUUGUCCUAGUGUUACCAUCUCUGCAAGCUGCACAUUCUGUUCUCUUAUUUGUCUCCUGUUGUGCCCUCACCAAAAUGGCCGUAUUCUUCCCCUCCUCUUUUGUUAGGUGGGCUUCCACUAACACCCCUGUGUCACUUAGUGCAGUUCGCCAUCCCACCCAAAGCACAUUCAACACCCAAAAAAAACAUAGUUGAUUUUUCUUUUUACAUGAGAAAGUUUCAAAGCAGGUGCAACGUAUCAGUUUUGAACUUCAUAUAUUCUUACUGCAAAUAUUACUGGUAAAACUGUUUAAGAUGGCAUAUGGAUGAAUGUAAUAUUCAGUGUUUUAAUGCAAGCUACUUACAUAAUUCACAAUUGAAUACUAUUUAAAAUAAAGGUUUUAUAUUGCUGAAAUUA